AUAUUUCAUUCAGUUCAGUUUCAGUUGUUCAGUAUUUAAGUUAGGACUACAAUUAUUUCAGAUUAACUGGCACAAAUGGUUAAACAAUAGUAAUACUGUAAUUUGCAAAUCCUAUCUCAAAAUAUUAUCCACAGACCUGGAUAGUCAUGUACCAAUACUCGGAGCUUGUCAAACUUACCACAAACUAUGCUCGUCGGAUGAACAAACUUCGCUGUAGAAUAUUUGGAGAAGUUGUCCGUGAUACUGAUAUACCUUCAAUGAAAGUAGUAAAGAUGAUGGCUCGCCAACCUGACAACAAGAACCCAGAGAAGAUGGUAUGUUAUUACCCUCGACAUGUUGAGACGGGACUCCUAAUGAUGAAACUCAGGGAGUAUGGCCUGUUUCGAGACGAACAUCAAGAUUUUAAGGAUGAAAUGAAGAGGCUAAGAGCACUUAGAGGAAAACACAAGUACUCUGUUGCGAUUGAUGGUUGGCCAGAAGGUUUUGAGAGAAAGAAGAAAAAGAAGAAAACUGUAGAAGCUUAAUUAAUUGUGGUUAAUAAAUGUUGCUAGUUAUCGUGUUCUAUAUA